AUGGAAUCUGAUAAUGGUCGGCCCCGCACUAACUACAUCCGGACAGGCAAGCGAGCCCCUGAGGCCGUGCGUUCGCCCAAAACAGGCGGUCGCUGGGUGACAUUACAACGUCAACCCAACCGCCUGCCCCAGACACACCCAAUUUGCCUUGUCAAAAUCUCCCCACUUCCAUCUCAUUUCAUCAUAAAACUACGUUCACAAGAAAGCGCAUGA